AUGGCUUCCGUGCAAUUUCCUGAGGACAAUGGGGAGGACAACGACCAAAGUGGCGAUGUCCGGGAGGUCCCUAGCAACGUCUCCAAACCUACGAAACGACAAAGAUGGGCCACCACGCGAGCUCCUGGAGCUGGAGGCAUCAAAAAGCGUGUCUCGAUCAUCGACCGCUUUCACAAACGAUCGGAUACGAGAGACGAAAAACGAAAAUCGAACAAUACCAGUGUCUCGACUAACAAUGGAUCGACUAAUGGAGAUGAGAACCCGGAAGGAGGACCAAACCGGAGGGUGUACUUCAGUAUCCCGAUCCCCGAAUCCGAGAGAGACGAGGAAGGUCAUUUGAAGAUUACUUAUCCCAGAAACAAAAUCCGAACCGCCAAGUACACAGCCCUCACGUUCGUUCCUUACAACAUCUGGCUGCAAUUUCACAACAUCGCGAACAUCUAUUUCUUGUUCGUCAUUAUUCUUAAUUUCUUCCCGAUCUUCGGUGCCAACAACCCCGGUCUUAAUGCAGUUCCGUUGAUCGUCAUUAUUGUCGUGACCGCCAUAAAAGAUGCGAUUGAAGAUUGGGGACGGACGGUGUCCGACAACCAAGUCAACAAUUCCCCCGUUUACCGACUUAUCGAAUGGAAUAACGUCAACUCGACCGAGGAUAACAUUGAUUUAUGGCGCCGGAUCAAAAAAGCUUGUACACGAGGCACCAUCUCCUCGUACAAGUGGAUGGCCGCUCAGUUCAAGAAGAACAAGGGGAGUGGAGUGGACGAGGAAGGGCAGAGGCGCGACUCAUUUUUGAGUACCGCGGACCCCCGAGCCUCGAUCUAUACGCAGCGUAACUCCAUGGCCCCCGAAGAUGUCGCGAUCCCGAUGACCGAUGUUCCAUCGCCCCAACCCGAAGCUCGCGAAGAUUGGCCGAUGAUGAGCACCCAAGAGAACAAGUUUUUGUCACCAAACAGCGCCACUCGCGAGAGCAUCAUGGAACCUGCGCCAGAUAAGAAACAUGGAACCAUCUUGGACAGCGCGAAACAGACACCUGGAAAGGCUCGAUUCAAACGAGAGACCUGGAAAAGCUUGCAAGUUGGUGAUUUUGUCCGGUUGUACAACGAAGACCCGAUCCCGGCCGACAUUGUCAUUCUUUCCACUUCGGACCCGGACGGCGCCUGUUAUGUCGAAACGAAGGGUCUGGAUGGAGAGACCAACCUCAAGGUUCGCCAGGCUCUUCAUUGCGGCCGCCAAGUACGACAUGCCAGGGAUUGCGAAAAGGCCGAGUUUGUCAUCGAAAGCGAGGCACCUCAUGCUAAUUUGUAUGCCUACAAUGGUGCUGUUCGCUGGGACCAGCGUGACCCGCGCUUUCCGGAGGCCCCACGGAAGGAGAUGGUGGAGCCAAUCUCCAUCAACAAUAUCUUGCUCCGUGGUUGCAAUCUGAAGAGUACUGAGUGGGUCCUUGGUGUCGUUCUAUUCACGGGUGGAGAAAGCAAAAUUAUGCUCAAUUCCGGCGCCACUCCAGCCAAACGUCCUCGUAUGGCCAAGGAUCUCAAUUGGAAUGUUAUUUAUAAUUUCUUCAUUCUGUUCCUCAUGUGCCUUGUUGCGGGUAUCGUGAACGGAAUUGCUUGGGCCACACCAGACAAAUCUCUCGAUUACUUCGACCUCAAGUCAUACGGAGGCACGCCGCCUGUUACUGGUAUUGUCACUUUUUGGACUGCCGUCAUCUUGUUCCAGAACUUGGUCCCCAUUUCGCUUUACAUCUCCCUUGAGAUUGUUCGGACUAUCCAAGCGGUGUUCAUUCACAGUGACCUGUACAUGUACUACGAAAAGCUCGGGAUCUACUGUGUUCCCAAAUCCUGGAACAUUUCGGAUGAUGUUGGCCAGGUGGAGUACAUUUUCUCUGACAAGACUGGCACCUUGACCCAAAACGUCAUGGAAUUUAAGAAAUGUACAGUCAAUGGCGUAGCAUACGGAGAGGCCUACACGGAAGCCCAGAUUGGUAUGAGGCGUCGUGAAGGAGCCGAUGCCGAUGCAGAAGCCGCCGAGGCUCGAAAACAAAUCGCCGCCGACGCGCAGCUCAUGCUGGGCCUGUUGCGCGGUAUCCACGAUAAUCCUUAUUUGCACGACGAUCAGCUAACUUUUGUUGCACCCAACUUCGUGGCUGACAUCGGGGGGCAAUCUGGAGACAAGCAGAAGCACUUGAACGAGGACUUCAUGCUGGCUCUUGCGCUGUGUCAUACCGCGCAAUCCCCCGAUGAGGCUGCGCUGGUUAGCACUGCUCGAGACUGUGGAUUUACUGUUCUCGGCCGAGCUGGUGAUGACCUGCUUCUGAACGUGAUGGGCGAAGAACGAACGUAUACCGUUUUGAAUACUCUCGAGUUUAACUCCUCCAGAAAGCGAAUGAGUGCAAUUAUUAGAAUGCCUGACGGCACCAUCCGUCUCUUCUGCAAGGGUGCCGAUAGUAUCAUUUAUUCCCGUCUGGCCCGAGGCAAACAGCAGGAGCUUCGCCGAAAGACCGCUGAGCACCUGGAAGAAUUUGCCAGAGAAGGACUCCGGACUUUGUGUGUUGCCUAUCGACUGCUUAGCGAGCAGGAAUACCAAUCUUGGGUCAAGGAUCACGAUGUCGCGGCCGCCGCUAUCACAGAUCGCGAGGAAAAGCUUGAAAAGGUUUCCAGCGAGAUUGAGCAGGAACUUAUGCUCAUUGGCGGAACUGCUAUUGAGGAUCGACUUCAAGAUGGCGUGCCGGAUACAAUCCAACUCCUUGCGGAUGCUGGUAUCAAGCUUUGGGUUCUCACUGGUGACAAGGUUGAGACUGCCAUAAAUAUCGGCUUCUCUUGCAACCUUCUCAACAACAACAUGGAGUUGAUUGUGCUCAACAUCCCCGAAACUGAACAUCAGCAGGCCUCUGAUGAACUUGACAAGCAUCUGCACACUUUCGGUUUGACUGGUUCCGACGAGGAACUUAUUGCAGCUCGCAAUGAUCAUUCGCCACCUGAGGCCACGCAUGCUGUGGUUGUGGACGGUGAAACCCUCAAGUUGAUGCUUCACGAUGAUUUGAAGCAAAAGUUCCUACUGCUUUGCAAGCAGUGCAAAGCCGUUCUUUGCUGCCGUGUCAGCCCUGCACAGAAAGCCGCUGUCGUCAACAUGGUCAAGAAUGGCUUAAAUAUCAUGGCUCUUUCCAUUGGCGACGGUGCCAACGAUGUGGCCAUGAUUCAAGAGGCAGAUGUGGGUGUUGGUAUUGCUGGCGAGGAAGGUAGACAAGCUGUCAUGUCUUCGGAUUAUGCCAUUGGUCAAUUCCGGUACCUCCAGCGCCUUCUUUUGGUGCAUGGAAGAUGGUCCUACCGUCGUCUCGGAGAGUGCACAGCCAACUUCUUCUACAAGAAUCUUGUGUGGACGUUUGCUCUCUUCUGGUACUGUAUCUACAACGACUUUGAUUGCUCCUAUCUCUUUGAUUACACCUACAUUGUCCUGGUCAACCUUGCCUUCACUUCCUUGCCUGUGAUCUUUAUGGGUAUCUUCGACCAGGACGUUGAUGACAAGGUGUCUCUGGCCGUCCCCCAAUUGUACAUGAGAGGUAUCGAGCGCAAGGAGUGGUCGCAACUCAAGUUCUGGUUGUACAUGUCCGAUGGCAUGUAUCAGUCGAUCAUUUGUUUCUUCAUGCCUUAUCUCCUAUACGCGCCAGCAAACUUCGUCAAUGAAACUGGCAGGAACAUCAAUGACCGAGCCCGUAUUGGUAUUCUUGUUGCGUCGUGUGCCGUGAUUGCCAGCAAUCUUUACAUCAUGAUGAACACCUACCGAUGGGACUGGUUUACUGGUCUGAUUAAUGCCAUCAGUAGUCUGCUGAUCUUCUUAUGGACCGGUAUUUAUACGUCUUUUACUUCAUCUGGACAAUUUUUCCAUGGCGCUGCAGAAGUGUAUGGAUCUUUGAGUUACUGGGUCGUGCUUUUGUUAACCGUCAUGGUCUGCUUGCUGCCUCGGUUCACCUACAACGCUAUCCAAAAGGUGUUCUUCCCGCUUGAUGUCGAUAUCAUCCGUGAACAAGUAACUCAAGGCAAGUUCAAGUACCUGGAUGCAAUCGAAGAUCCCCCUCUGCCCCCCAAGGAGGGCAAAGAUGGCGGCGUGAAAGCAGCACCUCCUAGCGAUGGAUCGGCCACCUCUUCCGAAAUCGCGAAGCCAGUUCAGCCCGCCAUGAAGCAGGAUAUCCCCGUUCCUGAUGAGGAGCGGCCCUUCUACGCACCGUCCAUGGCCCCAACUGCGAAUACCCACAACCCCCGCAGCCAGAACGGUAGCAAUGGAACCAACUACAGUGCUAGCAUUGACCAAUAUCCGCGACCACAAUCCGUGGACUACGUUCGACGCUCCCAUGACCGGACACGGCAUUCGUUCGAUCGGUUCGAGCGGAGUCGACCCAGCUUCGAGCAGAGCAACGACUUUACCUCCGCUGCUAUGCUCUCUCGAGUCGAGUCGUCGCAGACUCCGCACCGUCAAAAAGAAGAUCCGUUCCGAACUCCCGACGAUCCUCCUGUACAUAACAUGAUAUAG